AACACCUAAACGAAAUUAUUAAAUUUAUUCUGCCCACAUUUGGAUUACUAAUAGAGAAGGUUAAUCCACGUGUAUUCUCAGUUGCCGCGCUGUGGCAGUCAUGGCAAGCUCGUGCUCGGCAGGCAUGGGUCUGCAUGGCCACAACAUCAAUGGCACUGGAGGCACGUCUUCACCGAUUUGUAACCAGAGUAUGUUAAAACCCCCUCCUUACACUCCAGAAGCCACAGCAGCCUUUGCAACAGCCAUCACAUUGAUGAUUCUUUUUACAAUUGUUGGCAAUAUUCUUGUCAUCAUCGCUGUUUUAAACAGUCGCUUGCUCAGAGGACCCCAGAAUCUCUUCUUGGUCUCCCUUGCGGCUGCAGACAUUUUGGUGGCCACCCUCAUCAUCCCAUUUUCACUGGCCAAUGAACUGAUGGGCUACUGGUAUUUCCGCUCCGUAUGGUGUGAGAUUUACCUGGCGUUGGAUGUGUUGUUCUGCACUUCGUCUAUAGUACACCUGUGCGCUAUCAGUCUAGACCGCUACAUGUCUAUCUCACGUGCUGUCACGUACGGCGCACAGAGGACACCCAAACGCAUCAAAUGUGCCAUUUUGGUGGUGUGGCUGAUCUCAGCAGUCAUCUCCUUCCCACCACUACUCUCCAUGAACAAGAACAAAGGUGAUGCAGGAGGGCUGCCACAGUGUGAGCUCAACAAUGAGCGCUGGUACAUCCUGUACUCUACUAUCGGUUCCUUCUUUGCUCCUUGUCUGAUUAUGAUCUUAGUCUACAUGCGGAUCUACCAGAUCGCCAAGCAGCGCACACGAUGUCCACCAGGGGAGCCCCACAAAGAGGUCCCAGCCAAUGUGGCAACCCCUCAGCACAAGGUCCACAUGGAGGGUCUACAAAACGGAAGGGGAGAUGAAACGCCCUCUACCUUGCAGAAAAAACCCAGGCCUCCGACUCUGGCCGUGUCCGAAGUGGAGUCCAUCCAGCAGGCGGCGAGCCCUCCAAUCUCCAACAAACAUCUGCAACCCCCUUUGACAAUCCUGACACUGACCACGCCGUGCCCCUCCCCGUCUCCUUCGAAUUCAUCCAAAAUGGCUCCUAAUAAACCUAAAGAGGGGAAAAAGGCGAAGAAGAACAUGAAACAGCCUGACAACAAUAACGGAGAGAGCAUGAGCUCUGACUCAGACACUGAGCAAGGUGGGAGGGGGUUAGAGGUCCCUUGUACCCCGAGCAUGACACCCAGUGGCAUCCAUUCCCCCGCCACCAUCCAGAAAUACAGAGACAUGAUCGCCACCACCAAAGGUGCCAAAUUGGUGACCCGGAAGACGAAGCAGGAAGGAACGCCCAACUCCGCACGACGCAAAGCCAUGGUGAACCGAGAGAAGCGCUUCACCUUUGUGCUGGCGGUGGUAAUUGGCGUCUUUGUCAUCUGCUGGUUCCCUUUCUUCUUCUCAUACAGCCUACAAGCUGUGUGCCCAGAGACGUGCACCCUGCCAGAGCCACUCUUUAAGUUCUUCUUCUGGAUCGGCUACUGCAACAGCUGCCUCAACCCAGUCAUCUACACCAUCUUCAACAAAGACUUCCGCAGAGCCUUCAAAAAGAUUCUCUACAAGAACACCAAAGGCACAUUCUUCUGAAACUCCUGAAGUGGAUCAUCUCAUCAGACAACAAACAUACGGCUAUUCAGAACACAGACUUCAGAAAAAGAUGAAAAGAAGCACAAUAACAGUGCUGUUGCGAUGUAAGCGAAGGGCUUUUUGUGCUGCCCGGUGAACUGAGGACACCAUGCUACUCAAAUGACUCUUUCUUUGUCCAGGUUACCGCCUCUGGCAUUGGAUUCCUGGUAUUUGUGCUAUAAAAUGGGGCUAAUCCAAAAAUAUUCACAGACACUGACAAAUCAAAGCUGAAAACAAAAGAAUUUACAGGGACUAUCGCACACCUGCAAGGACAAGCCACAUGGAGGUCAAUACGAAGGUUAUUGUAUUUUUUUUUUCUCAUUUCUAAGAACACCAGGCCUUGGGGAUACUGCAUACAUGGAUUUCUCUAAGGAUUUUAGAGGUACACCAUUCAGAAUCUUUACAUACAGUUUUUCCAUGCUGAUUGGUUUACCAAUGCCUACACAGCAUAAUUUCUGAGGAACAAAGACAUGAAAAGCUCUUGUGGAAAUCCUUGCCAGGGGCAAUGUGUAGGAAAGAGGUGACGCAAGUUUCUCCGAUCAAACAUUAAGGCUUCUAGUUACAGACCCCCCUCUAGAGUAGGACCAUUGGGGAGUUUUUCUGGCAUUCUGUGAUGCUGAAAGUCUCUGUGAAUACAGAAUACCUGCCAUGGAUGGAAGCCUUUCUUUCUCUUUCCAUCUUGGACAGGUUGG